UCUUUAUGUACAGUGUGCCAUCUCAGCAGACAUACCUGCCUACCUCUACAUAGAUCUCAUAUCUCUUAACAAGAACUGCAGCUUCCUCCUCUGUACAUUAUGGAUAGUAUCUUUAAAGACAUUUGGUUUAGCUUCUUCUGUGUGUUACCCUGAAGUACUUUACUUCUCACUGUCUGUGCCUUUGGUUGUGACUGUACAUGGAUCUACCUAUUCACACCCAAAUCGAAGUUAUACCAUGCAAAAUCUGCGGAGACAAAUCAUCAGGUAUCCACUACGGGGUCAUUACAUGUGAAGGAUGUAAGGGUUUCUUCAGAAGGAGUCAGCAGAACAACGCAUCCUACUCCUGCCCCCGCCAGCGGAACUGCCUCAUCGACAGAACAAACCGGAAUCGCUGCCAACACUGCCGCCUGCAGAAAUGUCUCGCCCUAGGAAUGUCCAGAGAUGCGGUAAAGUUUGGCCGCAUGUCUAAGAAGCAACGUGACAGCUUGUAUGCAGAAGUCCAGAAGCACCAGGCACGACUUCAAGAGCAGCGGCAGCAGCAGACAGGCGAAGCUGAAGCUCUGGCACGUGUUUACUCAUCCAGCCUAACCAAUGGACUGUCCACCCUUAACCAUGAGAUUGGGGGCACCUAUGCUAAUGGUCAUGUCAUUGAGCUGCCCAAGGGUGGCCAUGGUAACGGAGGUGGAGUCCCAGGGGGCUACUACGGGAUAGAUUCCACUCAGCCGUCCCCUGACCAGUCAGGUUUGGACAUGUCGGGCAUGAAGCACAUUAAACAGGAGCCUGUGUAUGACCUGACGCCUGUGCCCAAUUUGUUCAGCUACGGAGGUUACCAGGACAGUCAGCUGGGACCCAAUAAUGUCAGCAUGGGAGAGCUGGACCGCAUUGCUCAGAAUAUCAUCAAGUCCCACCUGGAGACCUGUCAGUACACAACAGAGGAGCUGCAGCAGCUUGCCUGGCAGACACACUCCUAUGAAGAGGUCAAAAUGUACCAGAGCAAGCCCCGGGACGUGCUGUGGCAGCAGUGUGCCAUCCAGAUCACCCAUGCAAUUCAGUACGUGGUGGAGUUCGCCAAGCGCAUCUCAGGGUUCAUGGAACUGUGCCAGAAUGACCAGAUCCUCCUGCUCAAGUCAGGCUGUUUGGAGGUAGUGUUGGUAAGGAUGUGCAGGGCGUUCAACCCUCUUAACAACACUGUACUCUUUGAGGGGAAGUACGGUGGCAUGCAGAUGUUCAAAGCUCUAGGUUGCGAUGACUUAGUAAGUGCGGUGUUUGACUUUGCCAAGAGUUUGUGUUCACUGCAGCUCACUGAGGAGGAGAUCGCUCUGUUCUCAGCAGCUGUGCUCAUUUCCACAGAUCGGCCAUGGCUGAUGGAGCCCCGGAAAGUCCAGAAACUCCAGGAAAAAAUCUACUUUGCUCUACAGCAUAUAAUGCAGAAGAAUCACAUGGACGAGGAUGCCCUGGCUAAGCUGAUCAGCCGUAUCCCAACGUUGUCGGCCCUGUGCACGCUCCACACCGAGGAGCUCCAGGCCUUCCAGCAGCUCCACCCAGAAACUGUCAACGUCCUCUUCCCUCCGCUUUACAAAGAACUCUUCAACCCUGACCCCAACUCUGCCAUGGCCAUGCCCAAGUGACUGCCUGCGGUCCCACUGCGACAAACAGCGCCAGCAGACGACCAAGAAUAUAAGAGGACUGCCACGUCUGACAGAACAACAGCGGCUGUGUUGACUACGUCAUCACCAUGGCAAACACAUAUUCCGGAGCUCCCCCGGCCUCAUUUCAGUCUGGAGGGAGAGGAGUCAUCUGCCAGAAACUUACAGUUAUCGCCAACAAUACUAGGAAUGUCCAGCACUUAUUCCAUCCUGUUCACCGAUACAGUCUGAAGAAUGUAUAUAUACAGUAAAUGAAACGUGCCCCGAGCCACAACCUAAGCGGGGCUUCCUCCUGUCUCCUGAACUGAACUGACUGACCAGAAAUGUACAGACUUUAAACAUCUAGGAACAAUUUUAAGCUGUCAAUCUUUUAAAAAAAAUGGGUAAGUUAAUUUGUUUUAACUUUGAAAAAAAUCUUUUUUUUUUUUUUGUUUGAUUUUGUUUUUUGUUUUUCACAUGAAGAAGUUGUGAAUAUGAAGAAGCCGGAUGGGGAAGGGAACUGUGGACUUAGAGAAGCUAUUGUAGAUAUUCUUCUAGUGCAGAGCGGAUUCCAGUAUUACUCAUUGUUCUGUUAAAAUAACUUAGUCCUAAUUUAAAUAUACAGCAGUCCAUCGUGGCUGGCAAUACCAUGUCUAUGUGUUUUUUUUAUUUUAUUUGAUAGUUCCUUGUGUACAGAAUUUGUAAAGUUGAGACUUGUAAAAGAAUAUUGGGUAAAACCGGGAGUCGAUUCGGGUUUGUUGAUAUAUAGAAGCCUUGUCUGGAUUUUGUUCAUAUGUAAAGGAGGUACUGCAUCCUUCUGAUGAGAACUUAUAGAAAUGUAAAGAGAGCAUAUGAAGGAUUUAAAAUGAAAAUAAUGACUACUGCUACUUUUCAAGGUGAAGAUACAGUAUAUACAUAAAUAUUCUAUUUUGCAAAAAAAAAAAAAAAAUUUGGCAGGUUUUGCCAUCCUAUCAAUCAUUUUUGUCGCUGCAAUAACCGUGUCCAAUAAAAACUGGACUGCUUUUGAACAAUCAACAGAAAACAACUAAUCAAACCAGUCAGAAACUAGGACCUCACAAUAAUCCCAACCUUUUCCUUAAUACCCCUCACCCAAACCCUUAUUCCUAACUUCUUAGGGCCUUGAUGUGAGAUUUCAGCAGAAUAAAGUGGCUAAAAAUCUAAAUGAAAAACAAAUAAAAAUGAAACCUAUUGAACAGAAGAAAUAUUUAAUUAUGGUAAAUGUUGGAAAAUCUAAACGAACUUGAAUUUAACUUUCCUGAAUGGGUGCUGUACACCCUCAUUCCUCACAUCACUAUUUGCACAAUCUAGUCCAUGGAUGUCAGUCACUCCGGGCUUUAAAUAUGAAGGACCCUUUUUCUAAAGAGCAAUAACUUUUCACACUGCCUUUCUGGUCUUACUCCUUUCCUUUCCUCCACUUCCUGUUUUCUUUUCUUUAGAACAGGGUAGCAAUUUUAACUACAAUGCACUAUAUCUGACCUUACCAAUCAUUUCUACUACAGUAUUCAUUCCACCAGACUGUCAUGUUUCCAUUGUGAUAAAAUGUGAUCUGGGGUUAGGACAUACACAGAUCAGCCUCCAAUAGCAUUAAAAGCUGCAAUAUUAUAUAAACAAUCCAUAUAGAAAGACAAUCACCUUUCAUUUUUUGAGAAUUAUUCCAUGUAUAUUAGCACUUAUAGAUCAAAUCCACUUUCUUACAGCUUACUUCUGUUUCUUUUCUCCUCUAAUUUUAUUUGUUGAUUAGCAUUUGGUCACUGUGUAAAUUGCUGCUGUUUUGUUUUUUUUUUCUGUCUGACAACAUACUUUCACAUUAUCUGCAGUUCUGUAUUCGGCCACUAGAUGCUCUAUAUGCAUUACUUUUGAAAUCUGUGAGGAGGUUUGACAACUCUCAGAAGCAACUUUCAAAAUGAGCAACUUACCAAAAAUAGGCAAAAAUAGGGCCCGUAGACCACAGGGAAUGCACUAAAUUAACCAUCUGAUGGGACUGAGUUCUUUUUUUUCCCUGUCUAACCAGUUGACAGAGGGGAAAAUCACACUAUAUAAUCACAUAUAUGUAAUUUU